GAGUUUUUGGGGUAGGAAGGACGAAAAAUCGAUGAAGGACUAUCAGCAGGAAGCUCCAAGGAGCCGAUUGACUUUGGGCCGUAAAAUGAUUACGGGCUAAAAGCUAAAAAAUACGUCGCGCGAGAGCGAGAGAGGGCGAACGAGUAAGCGAGAGAGAGAGAGAGAGAGGAACAAGGAGCAACAGCAACAGCAAGCGAAAACUUGGCACAAAUCCCCAACUAAAAAUACAACAUAAAUUCAAUUAAAAAAUCUAUAAAUUUCCACAUAACAAUAAUCGAACAAGAAAAGCUGCUGGGGCAUUAUAAAACAAACAAUCGAACACCUUGUGUGCGUGUGUGUGUGUGUGUGUGUGCCAUAACUCCUUAAAACUUCAAGCAUACAGGAAAGCGAAACGAAGGAAGGAAGGAAAAAUUGGCAGGAAAAACUAAGUGAAAAUCGAGGAGGAGCAGGUGGAAAAAGGCCGAGGAAGAUGGCAUUAAAAAAGCAAAAUGACCCCUAGAAGCUAAAUACAAAUUCUUUCAGCCAUCAAAUUGAAUCACACACUCUCUCACUUACACGCACACACACACACACACGCACCACACGCACACAGAGGAGAAGUGGAGCGGGGGGAAAGUAGACCACCCCGUUUUUUUUUUUUUAAAGCAGCAGUAGCAGCAGCACCACCAACACCACCACCACCACCACCACCAACGCAGCCACCGCCAGGAACCACCAGCAAUCAGGAACCCCUCCUCGCGAAAGGCAGCCGGCAACCCACGCCCCUGCAGCAGGUUUAAAAAUAGCCAGAGCUCUGGGAACUGGAAAUCGAACAUCCCUGGAGUCGAGUUGUCCGGGAAAAAUGGUAACGAUGAACUCGGAGGCGGACAAAGCACAAGCCACCAAUGCCAGCACCACUGCGGCACCACCAAAGACGAAGACGGACUGCAGCGGCAGCCACAGCAGCAGCGAUCCGCUGGCGGUCGCCAUUCCGGAUCCCCCCCAAUCCGGCGGACAGUCCUCCUCCCCGCUGCCGAAUGGCAGUAAUAACGGUGGAUUCCUGGCAACCGAAGCAGCAGCCACGGAGGCAUCUUCCUCACCGAAACAGGCAGCGGCAACAACAACAACAACCACUUCGAUUGCAACAGUAGCAACAGUAGUUCCUUCCCCGCCAGCAGCCACUGUAUCUGUAUCUGUAUCUGCAUCGGCAACUGUAUCUGUAUCUGCAUCUGUAACUGCAUCUGCCACUGCCUCCACAUGCACGGCAACCACCAGUUUGGGAGCCAAGGCCGCUGCCACCAACACCACCACCACCACCUCCUCCUCCCCCUCGGCCACCUCCUCGUCGACGGCGGCGAGCGGCAAGCAGAGCGGCGGCAGCAGCACCGCCGGUGGUGGUGGUCUACUGACCGUCAGCGGGAACCACCACCACCACCACCACGGCCACUCGCAGCAGCAGCAGCAGCAGCAGUCGGCGGGUCAGUCGAACGCCCAGCCACCGCCGCCGCCCACAUCGUCGGCACUCGCGGUUCCCGCGACGUCGCACCACCAGCGCGGUGGCAAGAACGAGGAUGCACCCAACAUCCUGGUCUACAAGAAGAUGGAGGCCAUAAUCGAGAAGAUGCAGGCGGAGUCCACUGGAGUGGCGGUGCGCACGGUGAAGGCGUUCAUGAGCAAGGUGCCCUCGGUGUUCACCGGAGCGGACUUGGUCGCCUGGAUCCUGAAGAACUUCGACGUGGAGGAUGUGACGGAGGCACUGCACUUUGCCCACCUGCUCAGCUCCCACGGCUACAUUUUCCCCAUCGACGAUCACGCGUUGACCGUGAAAAACGACGGCACCUUCUACAGAUUCCAGACGCCCUACUUUUGGCCCUCGAAUUGCUGGGAGCCCGAGAACACGGACUAUGCCGUCUACCUUUGCAAGCGCACAAUGCAGAACAAAACGAGGCUCGAAUUGGCCGACUACGAGGCUGAAAACCUGGCCAAGUUGCAGAAAAUGUUUUCCAGGAAGUGGGAGUUCAUAUUUAUGCAGGCCGAAUCGCAGAGCAAGGUGGCCAAGAAGCGGGACAAGUUGGAGCGGAAGGUGCUGGACUCGCAGGAGCGGGCCUUCUGGGAUGUCCACCGGCCGAUGCCGGGAUGCGUCAACACCACCGAGAUCGAUAUUAAGAAGGCCUACAGGCGGGGCGGCUCCAGCCAUGGAACAGGAUCCGCCGGCGCCUCCCUGGCCAAGAAUCCUGUCGAGCAGCUGACGAGGAUCAUUGCCCUGCGCAAGCAGAAACUCGAGCGGCGCACAAUCAAAGUGUCAAAGGCGGCCGAGGCUCUGGUUGCCUACUACGAUCAGUACAAUGAGUUCGAUUACUUUAUAACCUCGCCGGAGCUGCCGAAUCCUUGGCAAACAGACAGCACUGAGAUGUGGGAUACGGAGAAGAAUAGCAAAGAAGUUCCUGUGCGGCGCGUUAAGCGCUGGGCAUUCAGUUUGCGCGAGUUGCUCAACGAUGCAAUUGGCCGCGAGCAGUUUACCAAGUUUUUGGAGAAGGAGUACAGCGGCGAGAACCUCAAAUUCUGGGAAUCGGUGCAGGAGAUGAAGGCGCUGCCGCAGUCGGAGAUCAAGGAGGCCAUUCAGAAGAUCUGGCAGGAGUUCCUGGCCCCCGAUGCCCCCUGUCCGGUGAACGUGGACUCCAAGUCGGUGGAGCUGGCCCGCGAGGCGGUGAAUUCGCCAACCGGUCCGAAUCGGUGGUGCUUCGAUGUGGCCGCCUCGCAUGUUUAUCACCUGAUGAAGAGCGAUUCGUACUCGCGAUAUCUGCGAUCCGAUAUGUACAAGGAUUACCUGAACUGUUCGCGCAAGAAGAUCAAGUCUAUACCGAAUCUGUUCGGGGUGAAACGUUGAGAUACGCUGCGGGGGUUCCCCGUAAUUGCAGUUGGCUAGGAAUCGAUUCCUGGCAACAUGUACUCGAUACCGAUACUCUCGGUAUCUCGGUAUCUCGGUACUCGGUACGCAUAUGCCUAGUUUGUAUGUACUUAAACGUUGUUACUUAUUUAACUGUCUGCCACUGUGUCGCGUAUUUGAUCGAUUUUGAAGUGUUUAUUGUCAUUUUUGUAUUUGAUUGUUUGUUGAUCGAUUAUACGUUGCCUCAAAGUGAACCGCCCCCUUUCCCCCUUCCCCAAAUAGUUCCCUAAAAAACAGAAAACAGAAACCAGAAGCCGAACGCCCCCAUAUAGCCCGUCUCGCCUUAUAAGGUGUCUCCCUCUAAAUCAGACGAAAAGCAAACACCACUUACGAGGAAAAUAUGAAACUGCCAAAGGCUCGAAUAGGAAACCAAAGCAAAACAAAAUUAUGUACUGGAGAUUUAGUCCGAAUCGGUGAAGAUUUUCAAACAAUUAUCUGUUGUCGUCCAAAGGAUGGUUUGAUUUGUAAUUGUUAAGUAAUAGCUUUAUAUUCGAACUAGGAAACUAAACUUCCCCCACCGCGAACAAAAAAACGAACAUCUCUAGAAAUUCACAAUUAAAAUAUUUUCCCAGAGUUUGUAGUUCCAUGCAAUCGAGUAGAGAAAAAAAAUGAUUUCAUUAGCCUACUUCAGGGCCGCCCAAUAAUUGUUUUAAAAUCUCUAGCGAUUUUCUGUUGAGCCAUUAUGAUAUUAUUUCAUUUAAUAUCCGAAAACGAAAAGUUGAAGACGAAAGACAACACCAACAACCGCCGAGACCUUAUUCUCAUACUCAUGAUAUACAAGCGAAUACGAAUUAUUAACUAUUAACCGGAAAGCAAAACGAUUGCAAUCGAAGAAGACACCAAGGAAAUAUGAAGAGUAACCAAAGAGAAAACCAGUAGAAAAUUUCAAACUGUAACCGAAAAACACCAAACUACGCAAAUGCAGAAAAAAAAACCCCGAACUUAAGAGGUAUAUUCAACAUAAGAGAAUUAGCUUAAAAAAUAGGAAGUCAAGGCGGAAAUCUAACGUAAAUUUAAAAUUUAAAUCAGCAUGCCAAAAACACACAAACAUUUUCCAGCUUUUCAGUAGGUAACAUUUUAAACAGAACAUUUUUGGCACAGAAAACCCCGCCCCCUAAAAACCCUAAAAAUCUGAUGAAUGUGAAAAACCGUUGACUUAAGUUCCUUUACCGCCGUUAUUAGGUUAUUAGGUGUCUCUUUUCGUCACUUCCCCUCUCUUUCACGCACACACACACGCACGGUCACCUGCAUACCCACACACACACUCACAUAUCGUUAAGGCGCCAUGAAAACUAAAACUAAUGAAUACUAAGAUUUUAAUAGUUCUAUUUUUUUGCCGCUCACUGUGCGCGCUUCUCUGUGCGUGUGUGUGUGUGUGUGAGCAAGGGAGAGGGGAAGUGUUUUCUGUUUCCGUUUAUAGUGAAUGUUUAGACUAAAUUAUGUUAAUAAUAGGCAGUAAAUUAGUGGCAGGAAGUGCAAGGACGGAAACGAGAGUGCGGGAGCCAAGUUCGGAUGGGCGAGAGAGAUCGGCGGACAAGUAGGAUAGAUAGGGUCAAAGGUGUGAUAGCUUGUAGGAAGUUAUAAAAAACAAACAAACAAAAAAACAAGUGAGCUUUACAAACAAAUAAAGGGGCUAGAAAACUGGGGAGACUUGAUGGUCCCAACGAACUUGGUUCUCUCCGAUAUCUCUCCCCAAGACAUUUUAAGAUUGGACAACCGGGGUAAACCUCGAAAGUAUUACUUCUAUAGAUGCGGUCAAAAAUGUUUCAGUUGGGGGCUUUGGAAAAUUGCAACUGGUGGCGCACAAAGAAAUUAUAAUAUUAAAUGUAAUGACUACUUAAAGCAAUCAUCUGUAAGUUUGUGAUUUUAGAAGUUGUCCCAAACGCAGAAGCUAUUAAGAUCUCAAAUUAUUUGAGUUCUGGCGCAAAAUCUUUGACAAAUAUACAAGGAACUAAAUUUCGACGCCCAAUAUCUAUUCAACACAAUUUUUUUGAUUAACAUUUACGAAGAAAACAUUUGAAUUAAAAUGUAUAAUGGACGAUUUUAAUUAACUUUAUUUGUACUGUAAAUAGACAACUCUUCAAGAGGGUAUUUCAAAUUGUUAUUAAUUUUCUCGAAAAAUGCCCAUAAUUAAAUCGUUUUGACCGCAACUGUACGAUAGUGAGCGGAGCUAUAUAUUUAUGUGAAACAUCAAACUGAUCCAGAGAUCUUUCGGAAUAGCAAUUAGACUUAGGUAAACUAAGGAACUCGGAACUUGGAACUAUACACAUGUAAUUCGCACGCACACACACUCAUGCUGCCUACUUUUGGGCUGGAUAAAACAGAAACAAAAAGGAAAAAAGGAAAACAAAGGAUACAUAAUCCAGAAAGCCGUAUUAAAUGUACUUAAUUAGGAUUGCAUUGUGUGUGUCUAUCUAAUUGUAACUGUAAUUGUAAAUGUAAAUGGUGUCUACAAAUUAACAAGCAAAUAAUAACUAUAACUAUACAAUAUGAAGUAUACAGAAUUCGGUAAAACGUCAAGGUAAACAUAAAGAUAAACGUAAAGAGUACGAGUAUAAAUUAUAAAGUACGAUAUGUAAUACCAUAUAUCUUGAUGUGCGUCUGUGUGUUGGUAGUGACAAAUUUAAAUCGAUUUCAAAAUAGCCAAAUCUUAAAAACUAGAAAAAAAGAACAGGGAAACCCCUCGUCUCAUACACAUUUUCCUUUGGCUUUCCACUGUUAUCGUUUGCCAGAUUAUAUAUAAUACAUAUAUGCAUAUAGGAACUGUUGGCCAACUGUUUUCCCCCUUUUACCGUUCCAACGCCC